GUUCAAUUUGCUAGCUCGCAAGAUGCAACCUGCGACGGCGUUGGGAUGGGUAGAAGCAGAAGCGUUUCAGGGUACAGGGAGUUCAGUACACAGCAGCUGUUAGGCCAAGGGUCUCUUAAACUCCGCGACAACGCGUUGGCUCUGCUGUAGCGGUUUCGGUAGAGCGGGGAAGAAACGGGUGCUCGGAGGGGUUGGUCGAGCGAAUGCAUACCGCUGAGGCGUGCAAGGGAGGAUAGGAGACGCCGUGACUCUUGCUCCGCUUCAGGCUUCGGUUGUGCCUCCGUUUCUCCGCCGUUUAUGGUUACGUUCCAGCCGCCAAGUGUAAUCGUCUGGGCCCGCUUUCUUCGUCGUCCCUGACCACCCAUCCCUCAUACAUCAUUCAUAAGACAAUCAUCUAUUUCGUCCGGGCCAGGCCACUAAACAGACGGAUGUGCCGUAACCUAACUAGCUAUCGUGCCGUCGCCGCAGUCGCCGGCGAGCGAGCGAUUUCGUCCGAGACCUUGUGAGCGUUAACGACUUCGCCCGCCUAGACCAGGCGAUUUUUUCUCCCUUGGUUUUCGCUUCCGUCAAUCAUGGCGUUCCUAGCAAGACCUGGGCUUAUGGAGCCCUCUCUUGACGUGGCGCAGCUGGCGUUGGAGCGCGAGCAGCAGAUGGUGCAGCGGUGGGGGUGGCAGAGGGAGCAGGAGGGGCCGCUGGGGAGGGUGGUGGGGGAGGCGCUGGAGCGGCUGCUGCCAGACGCGCCUGCCAUGGCUGCCAGAGCAGACAUUGUUGCUGUGCUCACCCACGCUAUUCGGGCCGAGUUCUAUGCGGCGCGUCUCAUUCCCUUUGGCUCGUACGAGAUGGGUCUGUCGUCCAACACAUCAGACCUGGACCUCUCUCUCGAGGUCUCCCCCCCGCCCUCCCUCGCGCCCUCGCUGGGCGUGGGCAUGGGCGAGCCGAGGACCAGGGAUGCCAGGAUAGCCGUGCUCAGACGGGUGGCAACAGUGAUCAGGAGGUUGGAGAGAGCGGGGGCAGUGCACAAGGUGGAGGUGGUGCUGAGAGCCAUUGUGCCCGUGGUCAAGUUCGUGCACUCGCGCUCGCGGGUGGAUUGCGACAUCUCCGUGGCCAACCGCGACGGCUUCUUCAAGUCCCGCUUCAUCCGAUUCGUCUCCUCCAUUGAUCCGCGCUUCAGACACCUCUGCUUCCUUGUGAAGGCGUGGGCGCGCAACGAGGCCAUCAACGAUCCGCGCAACGGGACGCUCAACUCCCUCGCCCUAAUUCUCCUCUGCGCGCUGCACCUCCAGACGCGCUCGCCGCCCAUCCUGCCCCCGUUCAAAGACCUCAUGGGCCACUUUCCCGAGCCUCUAUCCAGUGGGCGUGACUCUGUCCCCCUGCCUGAGCAAGAGCUGCUGGAGCGGCUGGCACACGCGGAGACUAGGGCGGCAGAGUUUGCACAGCAGGGGUAUGGGAGGAGAAACACAGCGUCACUGCCGCACCUUCUGGCUUCUUUCUUUGUUCAGAUGACAGCGCAGGAGGGGUUAUGGACGCACAUGCUGUGCGGCAGUGUGUACGAGGGCAGGUGGAUAGAGAGGGGCUUUCCUCAAGAGAACCACGUCACUGUGAUGGCGAUCGAGGACUUCCUGCACCGCACCUCCAACUGUGCGCGAACCGUGCGAGUCAACGAGUUUGAAACCAUCUCAGCAGCCUUCUCCCGUGCUGCUCGUGCUGUGAUGGAUGCCCCCUGCCCUCCUCCUUCCCUCUCCUCCGCCUCCUCCCUCGUUGACCUCCUCAUUGGCUCCUCCCCUCGUGGCCUAGAGGACGCUGGUAGGGACGAGAGAAACGGGGGAGGGGUGAACAGCCAGAGAAGGGGAAGGGAGAGGGAUGCGGGGGAGGAGAGGCGCAGGGAGCAGAAGAGAGGGAGGGAGUGGAUAGACGGUGAUGGUGAUGAGCGGUCUGGAGAUUGUUAUGUGCGUGGAAGGGUUAGAACGGGGGGGGGAGGGUCGAGAGGCAGAAGAGACGAGGAGCGGUGGAAUGGCGGGGAGAGGGGGGACCGUGGGGAGAGGGGGAACGGUGUAGGUGCAGCAGAGGAGAGAGAGGCGGAGGGUAGGUGGAGAGGCGUGGAGGAGGAGGAGGAUUGGAGGACGCGGCCCGUGUCUGACUUUGUAAGGGGGCAGUCGCCGAGACGCAAAGUGGCUCGCACUUCAGAUCAUCAUCAAUCCGCCCACGGGCACCGCAGCCGCACUACGCCUGCUGCUGCCGCUGCGCCUCAGCUGCUUGCUCCAGGCAACGCAUGGGCAGGACAUCAUGCACCAACGCAUAGAGCCCACCAUUCCAUCGUUGCAAGACCCCAUGUGAUCCUCCAGAACCUGCCAGCAGGGGCAGUGCUGCUGCAGCAACCUGUGGUCAUGACAAGGCCAGGCGGAUAUUCCAUUACACAAAACCACCGGCAUGGACAGCAGCACCAGCACCAGCACCAGCACCAGCACCAGCAGCUGCAGCAGCAGACACCGCGGUAUGCGCAGCAAUUGCCGUUCCCCAUGCAUGUGCAACCGCCGAUUCCAAUGCAGCAGCCGAUCCAGAUCCAGCAGCAGAUUGUGGCAUUGCCGAUGAGGGUUCUUUCUGCGCAGGGGGCUCUGGCUCAACCGCUGGAUAACCGCAACCGUUACACAUAUGGCAAGUGACCGCGAUACGAAGUAUGGGGACAACAAGAUGCACCGAUAAGGGUUGGGGCCUUCGAAACACCGGCAUUGCUGAUUGGAGGCGUUGUCCAUGCACUAGACUGGUGCUUGAAAUGAUGGCUAAAGGGUUUUAGAUAACCAUUUGGAUGUUGCGAGGAAUCACGUUGGCCAUUCUGUUGUACAAAAUGCUUGUAGUGU